AUGGAGCUCUUAUUUGAGUUUCUAUUCUCUCCAUUGCCCACCUCGGCACUGGUGUUCUUGUUUGGUCUCGGUGCAGUCGCCUUGACUUAUCUCAACACCAGGCCCAAGCCCCUGCGCCCACCUGUCGACCUGAAUAGACAGACCGUGGGCAUUGCGGUGAGAGGUGGAGCCAGGAAGAAUGCAAUUCUAAAAGAUGACAGCUUAAUAUCCUAUAUAUACGAAGAUGCCAAGACUCUAUAUGAGGUUUUCCAAAGGGGAUUACAUGUCUCAGGAAAUGGGCCUUGCUUGGGGCACAGAAAGCCUGGGAAGCCAUACCAAUGGUUGAAAUACAAACAGGUUUCAGAUAGGGCUGAGUACUUGGGCUCUGGACUGCUUCACAGAGGACUGGAGCCCUCACCAAAAUCAUUCAUUGGCAUCUUUGCUCAAAACCGGCCAGAGUGGAUUAUCUCUGAACUGGCCUGCUAUACUUAUUCCAUGGUGGCAGUUCCUCUAUAUGAUACACUGGGUCCUGAGGCACUUGUCUUCAUCAUUAACCGAGCCAGCAUAUCUACAGUACUUUGUGACAAGCAGGACAAAGUGGAGACUCUUCUUGCAAACUGUGAAAAAGGUCUUACUUCUGUGCUUAAAACUAUUAUUGUUAUGGACCCAUUUGAUGCUGCUGUGAUAGAACGAGCGUCCAAGUGUGCAGUGGAAAUCCUGAGUCUCAAGGAUAUGGAGGUUCUUGGGAAAGAUAAUCUUCGAAAGCCAGUUCCACCAAAGCCAGAAGACCUGAGUAUUGUGUGCUUUACCAGUGGCACUACUGGUGAUCCAAAGGGAGCCAUGUUAACCCAUGAGAAUGUAGUGGCAGAUGCUGCUAGCUUUGUUAAAAGCUUUGAGUCUGCCUUCACACCACUGUCCACUGAUGUGUUGAUCUCGUUCCUGCCGCUGGCUCACAUGUUUGAGAGAGUUGUACAGACAGUGUUGUAUGGUGUGGGUGGAAGGGUAGGCUUCUUUCAAGGAGACAUCAGACUGCUUCCUGAUGACAUGAAAACCCUGAAGCCCACAGUUUUCCCAGUUGUUCCACGUCUUCUCAAUCGUGUAUAUGACAAGAUUCAAAGUGGGGCCCAGACUCCAUUCAAGAAAUGGUUCCUGAACUUUGCCAUUGAAAGGAAACAUGCAGAGGUGAAACGGGGCAUCAUCAGAAACGACAGCAUAUGGGACAAGCUUCUCUUUCACAAAGUGCAGGAAUCUCUUGGGGGAUCUGUGCGGGUGAUGGUGACAGGUGCUGCUCCCAUUUCACCUGCUGUACUCAGCUUCCUCAGGGCCUGUCUCGGUUGCCAGAUAUUUGAGGCAUAUGGCCAAACCGAAUGCACAGCUGGCUGCACCAUCUCCCUGCCUGGGGACUGGACUGCUGGACAUGUUGGAGUACCUGUUCCAUGUAAUGUGGUCAAACUAGUAGAUGUCGAGGAGAUGAACUAUUUCAUGUCUGAUGGUGAAGGAGAGGUUUGUAUAAAAGGGAAGAAUGUGUUCUGUGGAUAUUUGAAUGAUCCAGAGAGGACAGCUGAGGCCCUUGACCAAGAUGGAUGGUUACACACUGGAGACAUUGGCAAAUGGCUUCCGAAUGGGGUUUUGAAGAUCAUUGACAGAAAGAAGAACAUUUUCAAACUGGCCCAAGGCGAGUACAUUGCUCCUGAAAAGAUUGAGAAUGUUUACGUUCGAUGUGGUUCAGUUGCUCAAGUAUUUGUUCAUGGGGACAGUUUGCAAUCCUGCUUAGUGGCCAUUGUGGUGCCAGAUGCUGAGAUACUACCUAGUUUGGCUGAGAAGCUUGGAGUUAAGGGUUCAUUGGAGGAACUAUGUAAAAACCAGCAAAUUAAGAAGGCUAUCCUCUCUGACCUUGUAAAGCUGGGAUGUGAAGCAGGGCUGAAAUCCUUUGAACAAGUGAAAGACCUGCAUCUCCACCCUGAGCAGUUCACUGUAGAGAAUGGCCUUCUUACACCAACGCUAAAGGCUAAAAGAGGUGAUCUCAGCAAGUUCUUCAAACGUGAGAUUGAAAGUCUCUAUGCUAAACUGCAGUGA